AUCCAGGAGUCUUGGUAGUUUGGAGAUCUUGGUUCAGGUAUUCGUUUUAUUCUUUCAGUUCUCCCCUUUGGUGCUGGAAUUAGGAAUUGAUUCUAAAGCUCCAUAGUGCCCAUACAAGAAUAUGGGCACAAUGAGCCCAUAAUCACCAGUUUCAUCAGAGGUUAAGUAGAAAAGUAUAGAUAAAAGUGGCUGCUGCUGGUGACAGUUUGGGGAGUAGAAGUCUUGUUUUGAAAGAGUGUUCUUUUUUAUUCCUUGAGCAACACUAAUCAACCAAAGUUGUAACUGUGAAACACUGAAACAUAAACACAGAUUUGGGCCUGCAAUCCACUCUGGGGUUUCUUGCUGGGUACAUUGAAAAUGCCUAACCAGAUUCUCCAGUCGGGGUGUCUGUAGGGUAUAGUCAAAGCAGUCAAGAUGGUGUGAUGAUCUAAUGAAACCUCUGCCUGUGACUCCCAUAAAAAAAUGAGUCAAGCUUUGCCCCAUUGCAGACACUGUAUUGAUUUUUAAAAAACUGUACCCUGGAAUGCCUUCUAUCUCUAGUCAGGUGUUACCUAUUCCUUGUGAGCAUUUAACUGAAUUGAUUCCUACCUGAAAAUUCAUUUCUCUCCCUGCUUCUUCUCAUUUUUUCAUAAUUCUGGAAGGGACUGGAAACUCCCCAACCCAAACAGUUGGGAGUCUAUGGAGAUUUUCAGUCACCCAGGUCAUGGUUGUCCCAAAGGUGCUUUUUCAAGACGCAACUUGGACUUUCUGGUUGGGAAUUAAGCAAACAGUUGGGAAUUAAGGAAAUCUGAAAAGCAGCCAUUUGGGAAGGCUACAUGGAGAAAGAUGUUUCCUGUAAGUCCCCUCAUACCUGUGCACCUUUUUCUUCACUAUACCAUGAUAACUGAUGUUUUGUAGUGCAAGUCCUUCCUCCUCUUGUUAUCAAUCCUCCAGGACCUUACAUAAGGUCCUGCCUAAUACCCAUCUGCAGCUUCAUCUGAAACAUUCCCCUUACUCCCCGUUUUAUUCAAAUCCUUCAACUUAAGCUUCCUUACACGUCUGCAGAAGAUCCAUCCAAGGUAUUCCUUCUUCCCAGGCUAAAUUUCUCUCUUCCCGGCUCCCUUCCAAAACUCCGUCCCGCAUUUUCUUUCCUGCGCGACGUAUUGUCAACGCCUCCCAAGUGUACCCGUCACUUCUGGAAUCCGCUCCGAUUUUUCCCUCCCGCCUUCCUAGCCCCGAAUAGCACUGGCUGGCUCGUCGUUGCCUCCCGGUCCUCAGGGAGCAGAGCGAGCCGUUCGCUUCUUCGUCAAGCACCCCGGCUAGUAGUUCCGGGCUCUUUGGCUGAGGGUCUCGCGCAAGGGGCUCGUGAGGGAUUCGCGCGCUCGCUGCCGUCGAUCGCCUCCGGCCUAGAACCCCUCCCCGCCACCGCUCCCUCUUUCUUCCCCCUUCAGUCACCUUCCUUUUUGCAUCCACUUCCCGCUCUCGCCUUGCCCGAGCGGGUCCGCCGGGAGGGGGCGUCCACCGCAAGAAGAGGAAAGGGGAAGAAGAAGAGUGCGCUUCGCCUCGGGGAAGGCAGCGGGGCAGCUGGAGCGCUCGCUCCACGGGGAGACCACAGGGGGGGGGGCGGCUGGUCGGAAGGUAGCGGUGGCGAGGCCAGAGCUGUGCCCGGCUGCCUUAGAGCCCCAAUCCCCCCCCCGCGCCUUCUCCCCAGAUCUCCUCGCGGUGGGGUGCUGGUGGGGAGCGCGCGCGUGCUUGUCUGUGUGCACCGCGGCGGGGGAGCAGAGGGAGAGACGGGCAGAGCAGGCAGACGGAGCCCCCACCCCGCCGCCGUCGCCCUGCGCUCGCGCGGGUGAGUGUGUGACAGGGGGGUGGAUCUUGGUUCGUUUGCCUCCGCCGGCUCCAAAAUGCCCAGCCUGCUUCGUACGGACGGCUAUAUUUCAAGAUUUCCUUUGGCAAAGCUAGGCGAGGGGCAUCGCCUUGUGGAGGCGUCCGCCAGUGACAUCUCCUCGGUGGAAAGAGGGCUUUGAUUUGGUCCUUCUCUUCCUCCCUCCUCUCCCACCCCCCACCCACCUCUUCCUCCCAUCUGCUAUUUUCCGAGGGGGCGGCUGCAAACAAACAACAACAACAAAAAAAAUAGGGAUAUAGUCGAUUGAUAAGAGACGCCCCCUUCUCUUUCUUUCCUUCUUGCCCGCCCCAUUUAACUCGCCGGCGCACCAGGGGCAAAAACAAUCCGAAAUCCGGACGCGUCGUUCUCAGUGUGUGUGCGCUCGCCCUCCCCCCCCCCCGAGCUUCUCUGAAAUUGACGCCCCAAGGGGGAGCGAUCGGAAGAAGAUCGAGAUCACGCAUCCGAUUGCCUCGUGUUUCCUAAUAUCUGCGGGGGCUCGAGCCCUGCCAUUCCGGCGGCAGGGAUGGAUUAGAGAUCUCUGAAUGGAGGAACCCGAGAGGACUGGAUCGCAGAAGGCCUGCUGUGAUUUACCCUCCUUGGGGAUGAACAGAGUGGCUCCUGGUCGCUGACAACUCCAGCAUUCACGGCAGGAUGGCCCAGCUCAUCCAUGCCCUUUGGAGCCUGUGCAUCACCACUGUCCUUGUCACCUCAGCCACACAAGCAGGCCUAAGCCGUGCUGGCUUACCUUUUGGCCUGGUUCGGCGGGAACUGGCAUGCGAGGGCUAUCCUAUUGAGCUGCGUUGCCCAGGCAGUGAUGUCAUCAUGGUGGAGAAUGCUAACUAUGGUCGCACAGAUGACAAGAUCUGUGAUGCUGACCCCUUCCAGAUGGAGAAUGUCCAGUGCUACCUGCCGGACGCCUUCAAAAUCAUGUCUCAAAGGUGCAAUAACCGGACACAGUGUGUAGUGGUGGCUGGCUCAGAUGCUUUUCCGGACCCUUGCCCUGGCACCUACAAGUACUUGGAGGUCCAAUACGACUGUGUCCCCUACAUAUUCGUUUGCCCAGGGACGCUGCACAAGAUCCUGGAACCUACCUCGGCCCAUGAAUCAGAGCACCAGUCUGGAGCUUGGUGCAAGGAUCCUCUUCAAGCUGGAGACCGAAUAUAUGUCAUGCCUUGGAUCCCAUACAGGACAGACACCCUGACAGAGUAUGCUUCAUGGGAAGACUAUGUAAGUGCCCGACAUACCACCACAUAUCGCUUACCCAACAGAGUCGAUGGCACCGGCUUUGUGGUGUACGAUGGAGCAGUCUUCUACAAUAAAGAGCGGACACGCAACAUUAUCAAGUAUGAUCUGCGGACACGGAUUAAAAGUGGAGAAACAGUUAUCAAUACAGCCAACUAUCAUGACACUUCACCCUACCGCUGGGGUGGCAAGACUGACAUUGACCUGGCUGUUGAUGAAAAUGGGCUAUGGGUCAUUUAUGCCACUGAAAGCAACAAUGGACGGUUAGUGGUAAGCCAGCUCAAUCCUUAUACUCUACGCUUUGAAGGCACAUGGGAAACUGGCUAUGACAAACGCUCAGCAUCCAAUGCUUUCAUGGUGUGUGGAGUCCUCUAUGUGGUACGGACAGUCUAUGUGGAUGACGACAGUGAGGCCGCAGGGAACCGUGUUGACUAUGCCUUCAAUACUAACAUGAACCGUGAAGAACCGAUCUCUCUGACCUUUCCUAAUCCUUACCAGUUCAUCUCUUCCAUUGACUAUAACCCCCGUGAUAAUCAGCUUUAUGUAUGGAAUAAUUAUUUUGUUCUGCGUUACUCUCUUGAGUUUGGUCCACCUGAUCCUAGCACUGGCCCAGUCACCUCAACACCCUUCAGCACGACAACCACUAUUCGUCCCACCACUGUCACCAGCACAAUAUCGCCUGCUGUUACAACUACUCGGCAGCCACCCCUUACAACCCACCCUAUAGGUGCCAUAAAUCAGAAGGGUACAGAACUGCACACAGUCACUGCCAUAAUGCCCAGUACCCGCCGCCCACCAGCAAACAACCAGCACGUCUUUCCAGAGCUCUUCUGUGAAGCAAAGGAGGUGAGGCGUGUCCAGUGGCCAGCCACACAACAAGGCAUGCUGGUGGAAAGGCCUUGCCCAAAGGGCACGAGAGGUAUUGCUUCUUUCCAAUGCCUUGCUACUCUUGGUAUUUGGAACCCACGAGGGCCUGAUCUCAGCAACUGCACAAGUCCCUGGGUCAACCAGGUGGCCCAAAAGAUCAAGAGUGGAGAGAACGCAGCCAAUAUUGCUACUGAGCUUGCCCGACAUACGCGUGGUGCCAUCUACGCUGGAGAUGUUAGUUCCUCUGUCAAAUUAAUGGAGCAGCUCUUAGAUAUCUUGGAUGCUCAACUGCAGGCACUGCGUCCAAUAGAGAGGGAAUCAGCUGGCAAAAACUAUAACAAGAUGCAUAAAAGAGAAAGGACCUGCAAAGACUAUAUCAAGGCUGUGGUGGAGACAGUGGACAACCUUUUGCGUCCAGAGGCUCUGGAAUCAUGGAAGGACAUGAAUGCCACGGAGCAGGUACACACUGCCACCAUGCUGCUUGAUAUCCUAGAAGAGGGAGCUUUCCUUCUGGCUGACAACGUCAAAGAACCAGCCCGUUUUGUCACUGCUAAGAAUAACGUUGUGUUGGAAGUCUCUGUAUUAAAUACAGAGGGGCAAGUGCCAGAUAUUGUGUUCCCACAUGAAUAUACGACCAGAAACUCAAUCCAGCUAUCAGCCAACACAAUCAAGCAAAACAGUCGUAAUGGGGUGGUCAAAGUUGUUUUCAUCCUCUACAAUAAUUUGGGAUUUUUCCUCUCUACUGAGAAUGCCACAAUCAAGCUUGGAAGUGAAGUUGGUCCACUUAGCCCCUCACUUGUUGUCAAUUCCCAAGUUAUCGCUGCCUCCAUCAACAAGGAAUCUAGUCGUGUCUUCCUUAUGGACCCCGUCAUCUUUACUCUCUCCCACCUGGAGGACAAGAAUCACUUCAAUGCCAAUUGCUCUUUCUGGAACUAUUCGGAGCGUUCGAUGAUGGGAUACUGGUCCACCCAGGGCUGCCGACUGAUGGAGACCAACAAGACCCAUACCACCUGUGCUUGCAGUCACCUCACCAAUUUUGCUGUCCUCAUGGCACACCGUGAAAUUUAUCAGGGCCGCAUCAAUGAACUUUUGCUGUCUGUCAUCACAUGGGUGGGCAUUGUGAUUUCUCUGGUCUGCUUGGCCAUUUGCAUAUCCACCUUUUGUUUCCUCCGUGGGUUGCAAACUGACCGCAACACCAUCCACAAGAACCUCUGCAUCAAUCUCUUCAUGACUGAGCUCCUUUUCCUUAUUGGAAUUGACAAGACGCAGUAUGAGAUUGCCUGCCCCAUCUUUGCCGGGCUGCUGCACUAUUUUUUCCUAGCAGCAUUCUCCUGGAUGUGCCUGGAGGCCAUUCACCUUUACCUCAUGCUGGUUGAAGUCUUUGAAAGCGAGUAUUCCCGUAGGAAAUACUACUACCUGGGUGGCUAUUGUUUUCCUGCCCUGGUAGUGGGAAUUGCUGCCGCCAUUGACUACCGCAGCUAUGGCACUGAAAAGGCUUGUUGGCUUCGAGUUGAUAACUACUUCAUCUGGAGUUUCAUUGGACCCGUUUCUUUUGUUAUUGGGAUCAACCUUGUAUUCCUCAUGAUCACUCUGCACAAAAUGAUCCGCAACACAUCUGUCCUGAAGCCUGAUUCCAGCCGACUGGACAAUAUCAAGUCUUGGGCACUUGGAGCCAUUACUCUACUUUUUCUCCUGGGCCUCACCUGGGCCUUCGGCCUCCUCUUUAUCAACAAGGAGUCUAUUGUCAUGGCCUACCUCUUCACUACCUUCAAUGCUUUCCAGGGCAUGUUCUUCUUUGUUUUUCAUUGUGCACUGCAGAAAAAGGUGCACCGGGAGUUCAGCAAAUGCCUGCGACAUGCAUCCUGUUGCCUCCGGAGCCAACCAGGCGCCACACUAGGCUCCCUCAAAACCUCAGCUAUCCGCAGCAACAACCGUUACUACUCUGGAACACAGAGCCGAAUCCGGAGAAUGUGGAAUGAUACUGUGAGGAAACAGACUGAGUCCAGUUUCAUGGCAGGUGAUCUCAACAGCACUCCGACACUUAACCGAGGUACAAUGGGGAACCACCUCUUGACCAACCCCGUGCUGCAGACACGGGGCGGGAGCAGUCCCUACAACACACUCAUUGCUGAGUCUGUGGGCUUCAACCCUGCCUCACCCCCUGUCUUCAACUCUCCAGAGCACCCCCUGAACAACAGCCGAGACGCUUGUGGCAUGGACACCCUCCCGCUCAAUGGCAACUUCAAUAACAGCUACUCCCUCCGCAGUGGUGACUUCUCCGCCGAGGGUACCAAGAUGGCUGAUUGUCGACGAAACCUGAGUGAUGCUGCGGCCUUUGAAAAAAUGAUCAUCUCUGAGCUGGUGCAUAACAACUUGAGGGGGGGAGGCAGUGGUGUAGUCAAGGGAGGCGGGGGCUCUACUGAGACCUCCAACCCCCCUGGGCCUCCUCCCCCUCCCAAUGUAGUAGCAGGGGGAGGGGGAGCCAACAAUGAGGAUGACGCCAUUGUGCCUGAUGCCCCUUCCUUGACACAUGAGGAGAACAUGGAAAUUGAACUUAUGUAUAAGGCCUUAGAGGAGCCACUCUUGCUUCAGAGGGCACAGUCCAUCCUCUACCAGAGCGACCUGGAGGAGUCAGAAAGCUGCACAGCUGACCUGACAGAGGGGGGUGACGGCCAAGCUCCUUCACCCAACAGGGACUCAUUAUACACCAGUAUGACCAAUCUGAGGGACUCCCCGUAUCCGGACAGCAGCCCUGAGGCAGUUGGGGAAGUGCUUCCUCAUGCCCAAGCCAUCAAUGAGAUCUACUAUACCAACCGGCCAGCCUUGGUGCCACGCAACCAGCUCCAGGCCUACUACCAAGUCCGGAGACCCAGCAAUGAUGGGUAUUUGGUCCCAGCAAGCUUAGAGAACCCUGCAGUGGAGGGAGAUGGCCAAAUGCAGCUGGUGACCAGCCUUUGAGGGGCUGAAAAGGGACUUAAGGGACCAUACCUCCUAACCCCAACAUGGCAUCCUUGCUGUGACCUGAACAUUUUCAUUUUUUGCUGGAGAAAUGGUGGGGAAGAAGAGAAUGGAGCAGGCUUGGGGAUGAGUAGAAGAGAGAAGGUGGAAGAAAGAGUGGAGGCAGAGGUCUUCUCCAAAGGGAUGGGUAGCCAUUUUAUCCAGCUAUCUUUCCAUCCACUUAGUUUUCCGGACAGAAAGUGAGGCAUUGCCGAUUAGAAGAUCUCCGUUCCUUUUCCAGGCAAAUGCAAUGGAGGAAAGAGAGGCAGUGGCUAGGCAAGAUGAUCAGACUUAUGACAAUACCUUCUAGGAAAUGGAGGAGGAACAAUAGAUUGAGAAAGUUUGAAAGUUGAAAAUUAAUCUUUACUGCUUCAAUAAUCAAAGCCAUGAGGGUGCUGUGUGCAGAGAAUGGGGCACAUGGAGAAAUACCCUGCACCCACUCUCCACCCUCCCUUCCCCAUGACUUUAUUGGCUUGUUUUCAACAACAAGAAAACACGAACACAAAGGCAUACGGCCUUCUUAGGGCUUAGAUGCAGCCAAUGCCACCACCCUGCCCCAUGUCAUAGGAAGAGGUACACGUGGGGGGGGAAGGAAGGAGUUGUUCAGUUGAUGCUAAGACCACAGCUAGCCUUCCAGUAUUUGUUGGAAAGCCCACAAGUUAUCAGUGGGAUUUCUAUUGGCUCCUUAUUUGUUGCCUCUGAGUGGCAAGACUGCAGGAAAAAAAUGAUCUUCCUUUUUUCCCCCCUUUGUCUUUUGAAAGCUACAUAGAUGUACUUAAGCUGCAGCAUUGCUUCUGGGGAAGAAGGAGGAAGUAGCACUAAACUGGCUUAUUUUCAUUUUUGCUUUACUUUUUGUUGCCACAUUUAACAGUCAUUCCCCCACCUCCCUUUUAAUUUCUUCUCUAUGGCACCAAGCUUGAAAUCAUACAAAAUACAGAUGAGGAGGGAUGGAAUUAAGGGCAACUGUCAGCUGGGUCAGUCCCUCACCCAAUCUACUGUGUUCCUUCUCCAACAUGAUGCAAGAAGAAUCAUCUUCCUUCUGUUUCAUUCCUGCCUGUGAAGACGCAAAAGCAAAAAUCAGGAGUACUUGCAAUGCAAAUAUGGCUGCCAUCCGAACAUAUUUGGGACCAUGCGGGGAGAUUGAGGAGUGUUGAACUCUUUUUUUUUUCCCCCCCAAACUGGAUGGAUUGUGUUUUUCAAACAAACGAGAAAAACGAAACAAAAACACUAACCCAGACUGCACUUUUUCCCCAAAGGAAGAAAUAGCAAAUCUCCCUCUUCAAGCACAACUCCGACUUUUCUCAGCAGCUCUCGUCCUGGAAGAGCUGGAGGAGGAACCGGUCUCACCUAGAGGCACCAUAUCUCUGGCGGGCGGUGGGCAGGGUGAACGGGGUCUAAGGGAAGGGGGAAGGGAUAUCAGUUGAAAUGCUGUAAAUAGGAGAUCCUCAAAACAACAACAACCAAGAAUCGAUUUACUCACUUGAAAAAGGAAAACUACAAACCAAGGAACUUUUCUGUCUGGGUUUGAAAUAUAUCUAUAUCUAUAUCCUAAUAUAUAUAGAUAUAUAGCACUCCGCUCUGCUCUGGCCCCAUGUGUAUAUGGGAGCAUUAAAGGGGAAGGAAAACCCCUGUUUGAUGAAGACAAUGGGGGGUGGGGUGGAGCCUACCAAGAGCAGAUUUUUACAAUCAAGGAAAAAAAAAACAUUUUGGCACAAUUUUUAUGUAAUAUAUAACAUAUACUGCGUCAUUUCUGUGACCUUGAAGCAUUUUCCCUUUCCUUCCAGAUGAGGUACUUUUUUCAUACAUCCUGAUGAAGUUGGUUAUUUUCUCAUUAACUGACACUUUGCAACUGUGGGUGGGGGGAAAAAAAUCAAAGUUUUUACCGCAAGACCCAAAGAUGCUGUAGUUCUGCAAUGCUGUAGGUGCCAGGAAAAUCCUUUGCUUUUAGAAAUUUUAGUAGCAGGGGUGGGCAGGAUAGUGUUUCAUUUCCUUUUUCUUUUAAGAAGCCACACUACGCGUAUUUAUUUGAAACAUUCAGGCUAGCAUUUGCCAGGUGACAUUCUAUCAAAAAAGGGAAGUGAUGUGUGGUUUCACUGGCCGGAACUCAAAGCCUUCAGUGUUUUGGUUUCAUUUUGUUUGGCUUUUGAUCCCCUGAGAGCUGGUAGAUCAGUGACUGUUCAAAAGCAAAAACAGAGAAUCAGCUGUUUUUAAGCAAGCUUUCUAGAUAGCUUGGGCUUUCUCUCACAGCAUCAGAGAGGAAGAUGAACCGUUCUCCGGUGUCUUGUCCCUCUGUCUCUUACCUCACUGCCAAUAUUAACAAUGAACCAACCAUGUAAGAUCCUUAGAUGCUUUGGAUUUUACCAAGGGGCAAGUCUAAUCCGGAUGCAUUUGCAUUUACAGUUCCUCAGUUUUCCCCUGGAGUGUGGCUCGACUAGAUCUUUCUAACACUGGGGGACACCCCCAAACUGUCCUGGAAUAAUUUGGCAGGUGGGGAGGAGAGAAACCAGUAAUCCAAAUACUGUAGAAGGUUAUUUGCCAGCAGCAACAAAACAUGUAGGUGAACUGCAUUCCGUCGCUUUACAUCUAAGAUCAAUGGAUAGUUCUCUGGAGUGCAGAGCUUGAGCUGGCGUGUUUUCAAAUCUACGCAUAGUAGAACUAGGUGGAGUAUUCCGCAUAAAACCUUUUCCCCCUGCCGAUCCAGCUCACAGUAAUAGCCACACUCCUGUAUAUUAAGUCACAAUGAAAUUGGCACUUAUUAAAGGUGUUCAAACAUCUUUUGCUUUAUUAUCCAGAUCAUGAGUUCACAGGGCACAAGGGAAUGGAUGGCAGGGCUUUUUGUGCUAUUGUAUUACUCAUUGGUAUGGCGGCGCAAGGAAUGGAGAGGCUUGGCUAGGGUUGCUAACAAACCCUUCAGAAUCCAAACUUCUCCUGCCACAGUUUUGAUUUUGCUCCCAAGUGUGAUUAAGUGAAAAUGAGGUCCCACUUUCAUUUCCCUGUUGCACAACUGUGGUUUUGAUCAGUCCCCUUCCAAUACCAAAUGGCCUUAUUCACCCUACAUCCCUUUGCUGCGUUGAUCCGAGGAAGGCUCUGGGUUCAGGAACCUCCUUGGUUUUUAUACCAAGAGGUAUCUCCGUGCGGAAACCUCGCAUUAAAAGCAAAAUGAAAACAAAGAAACCAAAGACUGCCCUUGUUCUCCCUGUGAAGAGUUGAAGCUAUGAGGAUUGAAUUUCUGGCAGCCCAACAUAAAGCUUUGCACUUUCCUGCAUGUUAGGUGUUCAAGGUCCAUUCAGCUGGUGAAAAAGGAAGAAAUCAACAGGCAGAUGAGUUAGUAUCAGUGUUAUUGCAUGCACUAUCCUGGUAUCAGAGAAAACAUGGGAAGAGGGGCUGCAUUGAUAGGAGUUGCGAUAAGGGGAUUUUGGGGCCCAACUCAAUCAUUGUCAGCUUUAUACAGACAAUAAAUACAGACAAAGGAACAGCCUUUUCCUGUUCUCACACUUGGAAUUUUACAUUGCCCCAUUCUUUGAAUGCUCGUGUCCUCCAUGCAAAACACUACUAUUCUGAACACAGAAUGGACACAGAGACAGGUAUUUUAAAAUUAAGCUGAAGAAAGAAGCCCCAAAGAGUUCUUUAUAUUAAUGGGAAUGAGCAGAGACACAACUAGCUGUAAGCAGACAUGGAAUAAAAGGGAAUAGGGGCCAUAUGUCACCCAGUUGAGCAGUGCUUCUCAACUUCAGAGGCUUUCUGAGGGUGGACUUCAACUCCCAGAAUUCCCACCCAGCGUAACAUACUGUCUGGAGAAUUCUGGGAGUUAACAUCCACACAUCUGAGUUGAGAAAUACUGGUUUAAAGCGGCAGUAGUUUCAUGUAGGAAUAUUUAAGGAGAGGGGGAUUAACAGCAUCACAAUGUCCUAGAUGUAACAAAACAGUACAAAUGGUAAGUUCUAGUUUAAUUGCCCAGUGGUAGAAUUUUUUAAAUGGUUUUGUUUUGAUUUGGAGAACAGGCCCAAGGAUCGUAUCAAUAAGCUGUGGGAAUCCAGAUAUGCGAUUUGCAGAAACUAGUUUUAGAGCAGACUGAACUUAUUAUAAUUUAAAUGGAGGACACCUCCACGCUCAAUAUUUCAGAAGCUAACAUGCCUGGGCUGCAAUUAUAUUUAAACAUUACGCCUCUUUAUUUAUAAUCACAUGUUAUAAUCUUUUUCCUCAGACUUCUGAAGUUUCCCACUUCUUUGUUCUUACAGCUCUUGGGAAGUGGGCAGGGGAAUGUAAAAGCAUCCAAAAUAAUAAUAUGCUCUAAAUAGGGUUUUACCAUAGGUUAUAUAAUGGCACUGUGUUGCUUGCUGCUCCCUAACACUGAAGUUGCUGAUACCAUUGCACUUUCCACCUUGAAUCCAAGACCUUGUGUAUAUGUAUCAUUCGAAUCUAUUAGCAGAUUGUAGAGAAUUGGUCGGUGAAUAUAAUUUCCCUCUGCAGUAAUAUUACUUCCUUCAAAAUGGCAACAGCAUUUAAUGGGAGAGUAAAGAGUUUUGCUUCUUAAGAUUUUUUCCUGGGGACCACAUCAUUCAGAUUCUCUUGCCUCUUUCCAGCAACAUACACUAAAGUAGGACACCACUGAGUCCUGUUGUGCUGCUUCCAAAAAAUUCUGUGUCAUUCUGUCCGAAGUCCUGGAUUGAGUUGGUCAGGGAGAGUAUCUUUAGCUUAGGUCUUGUGCAAAUUAAUAUAGUACAGAUACUGAAUUGUCAUGUCAUUGUACAGGAACCUCUUUAUAUUUGUCUUUUAUUUUAUAACACUGAAAUCUCAUUCUGGAGGUCACAGGAAGGAAUGAAAAAUAUCAAAUGUUUGAAGAAGAAAACCAGGAGAUAGGUAUUGCUCAUCAUGAGUGCUUAGGAGACAGUAAUUGCUACUUCCAUGCUGAUAGCCAGAGAGGGCAUAGGCUUCCUGAUGAGAGCCUGCUCAGCUUCCCAUUCAACAGUUGUUUUAAAUGUCUCUGGUUGUUCUGUGCAUUGCGUUCGUUUCUGCUUGCAAUCCAUUAAUUGAAGGGCCUGGACUGCAGUUCUCUUUCUCUACACUUUUGUCUAAAACUUAUGCAAAUCCGUGAGCUCCGCUCACUUUAGCAAAAGUAUUCAGCUUUUCCAGAGCCAUUUCUUAUCACUGCCUUGGUGCAAUGCAAUUAGAUGUGCAAGUUAAUCCAAAUUGUCCCCCCUGGCCUUCAGGCCAGCAUAGCAUGGAGGAUAUGGGCCAUCGUAUGGACUAUGUUUUCCAUUCUUCUGAAGAUGGGUGGGGAAGUCAGCCCUUACCAGCUACACUGUUGUCUGCUCAUCUGUUUUCUCUAAACCUGGCUGUCUGCAAGUCAACACUAGGGGCACAUAUGCAUAAGCUAGUUCAGGACAGCACUACCUCUAGGGCAACUUUAGAACUCAGACUCUGCUGCUCUAAAUAUCACUCUUGAGCUUAAUCACUGGAAGCAGUGGCACACGCGCUCUGUUCCCUUUUUGUGUGAGUGUGAAAUGCACUUCUUUCUCUGCUAGGAACUCUCAGGCUGCUUCCAAAGUCUUCAUGUGUGAGACUGAAGGGUUAUUAUUUUGCAAAGUCCAUGUGAGGACAGCUAUAAAGCCUGAACCAGCAACCAGCAGCUCUCAAAAGUGGAGAACUGCUCAUCCUUCUCAAAUUUCACAAACAAGACUGGUGUUCAGAUAGGAUCUCUGUUUAAGGGGAAUCAAUUUUCCUACUAUUUGAUGAGGAAGAGUCUUCUGUUGGCUCCUUAUCCCAGCAGCUCCUCACUUGAAACUGGUCUUGUUUUUAAGAUCCUAUGUGCCAGCCUGUGCCUCUUUCUGUGUGCUGGGGUGCCCUUAAAGCAAGACCACCAGUGAAAGCUCUUGUGUCAGUAGAUUAGUCUACCCCAACAGUGCUGCUGGCUGGGGAUGAUGAGACUUACACUGUCAGGGAGAGACUGGGCUGGGGAAGGUUGCAUUAAAUGUUUCUAUGUCAAGCAAGCACAGCAGUGCAAGAGAAGUGUUUGCACUAGGACAGGGAGGGGAUGUGUGACAGCUGAAGAGAUGAUGGCGGCACACUCUGGAGAGCUUCACUCUGGUUUCCGGUUCAAGCCACACUGCCUCUUUGAAGCUGUCCCAUCCCAGCCCUUUCCCUGCCUCCAUUGCUUUCCCAGUUCAGUUUCCCUCCAGGUUUACCGGUGAAGCCGUGCCUUUUGAAUGGUAGCGUGAAGGAAGGCCUGGGCCAAGAGGUCAGGGCUAGUGGGGAACAGUUUGACUCAUGCUCUCCUACCUUGGUCCCUCACUUCCCCUUCUUCCCCAUGGUGCUGAUCCAUUUCUAUUUCCACUCCAUUGCUUUGGUCUAGUACGUCUCUUCUUCCUUUCCAUUUCUCUGUCUUUCAGUUCCUUUCCCUUCCCUUCAACAUGCCAAACCAAUUUUGGGUCGAGUGCAUUAAACAGAAAAAAAAUAUAUAAUGAAAAUUUUAAAAAUAUUUAAAAAAAUGGAAACUUGUUGAGUUACAAAAAAAUUAAAAUAAUAAAGGAAAUACAAUUUCUUGGAA